AUGUUCGCAGUCAAACGCGUCUCCUACCGUGUCUUGACGCGCAUGGGACGUCAGCAAACCUUAGGAAAGUUCUUCGACAUGCCGAAAGGUAUCAAAUCCGCUCCACCGCAGCAGGCCAGUCUGAAUGAGCUAUGGCGUGGCAAGGGCAAGAAACCUAGAAGCGAGGACGUGUCGGUCGAGCCAUUAGUUGCGCCGAAGGCUGAAUCUGAGAACAUGGAAACCGAUGAUCCACCGGAAAACGCUUCACGAAAUAACCAUACCUCUUCGUCCUUGCCCGGAACACCUCCCAAAUCCUCUCCCAAAUCCUCUCCUCGAUCCUCGCCGAAGCAAGUCGACCAGGACGUUCGUCCAUCCAAGAAAAGGAGGGUCGUUGAGUCGGACAAUGAGUCAGGUACCGAGGGUCAAACUACUUUGAAGAGACUAGCCAAGGGUUCAAAGAAAUCGAAAGCUGCUCAAAUUCCCGAGGAAAGUGAUUCUAUCGUUGCUGAGGAGCCCCCUGCGACAAGCGAAGCUGACGAAAUUGGAGAAGAGGAAGUGGAGGAGGAAGAUGUGGAGAAUGUCGAGGAGAAAGCGGUUGCAUAUAAGAGCGCUCAGUGGGCUAUCUCAAGGGUCGAGGAAGUCGAUAUUGAGGGUGGCUGGAAAUCUGGCGAUCCCGUUCCGUACGCAGCGCUGGCCAAAGCGUUCUCCCUAAUUGAGGCAACAACGAAACGGAUAGAGAAGACGACGCUUCUUACAGCGUUAUUACUUCUCGUCAUGCGCCGGAGCGCCCCAGGAGAUUACAAAUCACUGCUGCAAACUGUAUAUCUAUGCAUUAACAGGUUAAGUCCCGAUUAUGUCGGGAUCGAACUGGGUAUUGGCGAAAGCAUCUUAAUCAAGGCUAUCGGCGAAUCUACUGGACGUGGCCUGUCCGUCAUCAAAGCUGAUCUUAAGAGGGAAGGUGAUCUAGGACUCGUUGCUAUGACCUCCAAGAACAGUCAGAAAACUAUCUUCAAGCCCAAGCGACUUACGGUCCCAUAUGUUUUCUCCAACCUCCGUGAAAUUGCCUUGAGUUCUGGACAUUCGUCUCAGGCAAAGAAGGUGUCUAUUAUUACGAAACUACUUGCAGCUUGUCAAGAACACGAGGCGAAGUAUAUCGUCCGUAGUUUGGAGGGGAAAUUGCGAAUUGGAAAUGCCGAGCGAUCAGUAGUCGUUGCCCUAGCCCACGCUGUUGUCCUUCACGAGAAGGAGAAAGCUGGCAAGAAAUGGAGCCAGGAGAAACUCGUGAGCCGUCUCGAACAAGGCGCCAACAUCCUGAAGUCCGUCUACAGCGAAUUGCCUUCAUAUGAUGAAGUCAUCCCAGCCAUUGUUGAGUCUGGCAUAGAGCACUUGCGAGAAAAGUGCAAGCUUAAACCGGGAGUGCCCCUCAAGCCUAUGUUGGCAAAACCGACAAAAGCGAUUGGUGAAGUACUUGACCGCUGUGAGGGCAAGAAGUUUACAUGCGAAUACAAAUAUGAUGGAGAGCGAGCUCAGGUCCAUAAACUCGAGGAUGGUACCGUUGCCGUCUUCAGCAGAAAUUCAGAGGAUAUGAGCAAGAAAUAUCCCGAUCUCGUCGAACAGUUGCCUCAUUGCGUGAAAGACACAGCCAAGACUUUUGUCCUUGAUUGCGAAGCUGUUGCAUUCGACAUAAAAGAAGACAAGUUAAUGCCGUUCCAAGAGCUAAGCAAGCGAAAACGAAAGGAUGUCAAGGUGGAGGAUAUUCAAGUCAGGGUCUGCCUUUUCGCAUUCGACUUGCUCUAUCUUAACGGAGAGCCUUUAUUGCAAAAACCUCUUUCAGAACGUCGUCAGAUCCUGCGGGAACACUUCCAGCCUGUACACGGAGAGUUUGACUUCGCGAAAUCUUCCGACGGAGAAACGACGGAAGCAAUUCAGGCAUUCCUGGAGGAAAGUGUCAAGGACGGGUGCGAGGGUUUGAUGAUCAAGAUGCUUGAGACAGAGGCGAGCUACUACGAACCUAGUAAACGGAGUGUCAACUGGCUCAAGCUAAAGAAAGAUUAUCUUGCCGGAGUCGGGGACUCACUUGAUCUUGUCGUCGUCGGGGCAUACUAUGGAAAAGGCAAGCGGACUAACGUAUACGGCGCAUUCCUCUUGGCCUGCUACGAUCCCGACUCGGAAGAAUAUCAGACGAUAUGCAAGAUAGGAACAGGAUUCAGCGAAGAGGCACUUCAAGCACACUAUACUACACUCAAGCCACUAGAGAAUGAGAAGCCGAGGGGUGACAUUAAAGUUGGCGGAGCAAAGCCAGACGUCUGGUUUGACCCGAAAGUCGUCUGGGAGGUGCUCACGGCCGAUUUGAGUUUAAGUCCGAUAUACACUGCUGCUCAGGGAUUGGUGGAAGAACGCGGGAUUUCCCUGCGAUUUCCCCGAUUUAUUAGAAUACGAGAUGACAAGUCCGCAGAUGACGCGACUGGUCCGGAGCAGAUUGCCGAAAUGUACGAGCGACAGAGUCUUGCCCAAACGAAGGGAGCGAAGAAGAGACGUGGCGGAGAAGACGCAGAAGACGAUUUUUGGUAG